ACUGCAAUAAUGUCUUGUUAAAAUGUAAAUGAAGACACAAUAUAUUCACACAGAAGGACAGAGACAGAGACAAUACCAGUGUGUAACAGAACAGGAGCAGGAGUUACAAAACUUUGGUAUCUUUCUGAAGUGGAGUUGGUGUAGAAAUCUGUGAGAGUGAACUCAGGAUGAAGAUCCUCCUCAUCUUCACACUCUGUCUGAUCUCAGGUGGAGGAUCAGUAACAGAUGAAAGGAUGUCUUCAGGAGAAGGAGUCCUUAUCACCAGUGGAGGAUCAGUAACAGAUGAAAGGAUGUCUUCAGGAGAAGGAGUCCUUAUCACCAGUGGAGGAUCAGUAACAGAUGAAAGGAUGUCUUCAGGAGAAGGAGUCCUUACCACCAUAUUUCCAGCUUUCACUGUGAUCACUGUGUCUGUAAUUCUGCUGCUGCUUCUGAUUGGAAUUAUAAUCCUCAUUCUGACUCUACAAAAGAGACGCAUAACUAAAGCAGGGGGUUCAGUGACACUGAGUCUGUUCCAGAUGUCUGUUCCAGAUGAAUCCAGAAGAGAGAACAAAACAACCAACACGCUAUAG